AUGUGCUUUGUGGAACCCCCUCCUUUGCAGAAGGCGAUGCCAUAUAACUUAGUAGAGGACUUAAACGCCGAGCAGAACGGCUACGAAUUUGAGAUGGUGAACGUCGUACAAGAAACCCGGGCGACUAGGGAGGUGGAAAAUAUGCCUGUUUUGAGCGGCCGAUUGAACGGACAAGUGGUUAGCGUGCUACGUGACACCGGUAGCAACACGGUUAUUACCCGACGCAGCUUGAUACCAGAUUCCCAGCUCACUGGAAAAAUGGGGGUGGUGUGGCUUGUGGAUGGAACGAUUUUAAGCUUGCCGGAAGCCAAGAUAAGCCUACGCUCCCCAUAUUUUACGGGAGACUUGCUCGUGAAAUGUAUGGAAGCCCCCCUUUACGACGUAAUUAUCGGAAAUGUUGAGGGAGCACGAGGGGCUGACAAACCAAGCUACGAAUGGGACACCGAGAGGAACCAAAUGCCAGGAGGAGGAAAAGAAUCUUCAAAAGAGAGGGAAGAUGCGGUUCCGCACGCUGAACUCAAGAGGCGGCAGAAAGAAGAUGACACCUUGGAGGCGUGCCGAACCAAAGCUGGGCAAGUGCAAAGCACGAAGGACGGUUCUAAAAUCAGCUUUUAUUUCUCUAAGGGAGUUUUAUGCCGUCGCUAUGAACAGAAGGGUGGAAAGAGUUUCAAACAAGUGGUGGUACCAAAGACACUGCGAACCUACGUCCUCGAGAUAGCACACGACAGUGUGUUGGCCGGACAUCAGGGCAUAAAACGAACUACUGACCGAGUGUUAGAAGCGUUUUACUGGCCAGGGAUACAGGCCGAUGUUAAGAGAUUUGUGAAGUCAUGUGAUGCGUGCCAAAGGGCUGCACCGAAAGGAAGACUAAAGAAAGCGCCACUGGGCCGAAUUCCCAUUAUUGACACCCCUUUCGAGAGGGCGGCCAUAGACCUUAUAGGUCCCCUCUCAUCUACCUCAGAAAAUGGAAAUCGCUACAUCCUGGCGAAGGUAGAUUUCGCCACUAGGUACCCUGAUGCCGUAGCGCUACCAUCGUGCGAUUCUCGCACUGUCGCAGAAGGAUUAUUAGAGAUUUUUUCUCGAGUAGGGCUACCGAGGCAGAUCUUGUCUGAUCGAGGUGCUACCUUCACAUCUGGACUGAUGCAGGAGCUGACACAGUUAUUGUCUAUCCAGAAAUUGCAUACUACACCUUAUCAUCCUAUGUGCAACGGAUUAGUAGAAAGAUAUAAUGGCACCCUGCGACAAAUGCUCUCCAAGAUGUGCCUGGAGAAGCCACGAUCUUGGGAUCGAUACUUAGCGCCACUCCUAUUCGCAUACCGCGAAGUGCCUCAAGCCAGUCUGGGGUUUUCUCCGUUUGAUCUAAUCUACGGACGUCAUGUUCGGGGACCGUUGACCCUGCUGAAGGAGAUUUGGACGAGAGACGAGUUGGGAACUAAUCUUAAGACGACUUACCACUACGUGUUUGACCUGCGCAGUCGACUUGGGCGAACGCUAGAGCUUGCCCACCAAAGCUUAUCCUCGGCAAGAAAGGAUCAGAAGAAGUUGUAUGACAGAAGGACUGCAAGGAGGGCUCUGAAGGUAGGAGAUCGCGUCCUACUCCUGGUCCGGACGAAAAAGAACACGCUUCUAAUGCAUUGGAAAGGCCCUUUCAUCGUCGUGGGUAAAAGGAACAAGGUUGACUACGAGGUAGACCUUGGGCAUACCACUAGAACAUACCACAUAAAUAUUCUAAAGCGGUACGAGGAACGCGAGACGACAAGUCAGACAAAGGAGCAAGUGUCCUCAAUUAGAGCUGUAGAGGAUACGUCGGCUGAUCAGCAGCUUCCGUGUCUUGACCUGAGAAGUAAGCAGGGAGUAAGUGAAGUCGCGCUAGCCGACGAUCUUAGCCAGAAGCAAAGGAGCGACGUUAUGGACAUCCUAGCGAAAUAUUCAAAAAUAUUUACGGAUGUGCCGGGCCAAACAGAUAUCUUGGAAUGUAAGCUGCAGCUGACCGCGCAGGAACCGGUGCAUGCACCACAGUACCCGAUUCCUUUCGCGAUGGAGCGCGUGAUCGAAGAGGAGAAGGCUCUGCCUCUCGUCGAGUUGACAAAAAAGAAGGAACCCAACAACGUCCGUUGGACCAGCAAACAAGAGCUUGCCUUCCAGGAACUGAAGCGAGAGCUCUCAAAAGGACCAAUUCUCAAGGCUCCUGACCUGACAAAGACAUUCAUCCUUCGUACAGACGCGUCAGAUAGCUGCUUGGGCGCUAUGUUGAUGUAG